CGCCCUGGGCCCUGUGCUCCUCCCGGAUUGCCCCGCCGCAGGCGCCCACGUCGGCCGCGACCCAGCUCGCCUAAUCUCUGCGGUCCGCUUGGGCACAGUGGGUGCGAAGCCGGGCGGACAGAUGCAGGGCGUGGUGGCCGACCCCGCCGUCGCCCCGGUUACGCGGCAGGUUAGCGGCCGCGCCGCCCCAGCCGCAGUCCCGAGCGGCCCCGAGCGCGGGCAACCCCUGGCCGCAGCGGUGGCCGAGUUGCCGGUGCUGGACGCCUCCGGAAGGCAGGUGCCGUUCGGCGCGCUGUUCCGGGAGCGUCGGGCUGUCGUAGUCUUCGUGCGGCAUUUCCUGUGUUACAUUUGCAAGGAAUACGUAGAAGAUCUGGCCAAAAUCCCCAAGAGUUUUUUACAAGAAGCAGAUGUCACCCUAAUAGUGAUUGGACAGUCAUCCUACCAUCAUAUCGAGCCGUUCUGCAAACUGACUGGGUAUUCUCAUGAAAUCUAUGUUGAUCCUGAGAGAGAAAUUUAUAAAAAAUUGGGAAUGAAAAGAGGUGAAGAAAUUGCCUCCUCAGGAAAGAGCCCCCAUAUAAAAUCAAAUAUACUCUCAGGAAGCAUUCGGAGCCUGUGGAGGGCAGUGACUGGCCCUCUUUUUGAUUUUCAAGGAGACCCUGCUCAGCAAGGUGGAACCCUCAUCUUAGGUCCAGGUAACAACAUCCAUUUUAUACACCGUGAUAGAAAUAGGUUGGAUCACAAACCCAUCAACUCUGUUUUACAGCUUGUAGGAGUUCAGCAUGUGUACUUUACAAGCAGACCUUCAGUUAUCCAUGUGUGAUGGUAUAGACUGUUGUCACUUCCAAAUGGACCCUUGGGAUAUGACCUGAAAUGUUCAGAGUAUGGUAUCCUUGUGCAUCAUCUAACUUGUUGGCUUUUCCCAGCCAUUGAGGAGUUAUGAAAACAGGAAGCAACCACAUACCAGUUAUUGCAUGCUGGGAAGCAUCAGUUGUCAAAAAUGUGACAUAUAUUUAUAAUUAUAUAGCUUUUAAAAUUUUAUGUAAAAUAAAAUUUUAUUUAUAUAAAACUUUAAAAGCUAUAAAAUUAGAAAUACCAUUCUUUAUUUACAUUAUUCUGUUGGGCUAAAUAAUUCUUUUGAAGAACAUAUAAAUGGAAAGGUAAGCAACUCACCACAAUUGUGUCCAGUGAAAAAAGCAGGAUAUCAAAUUCCGUAAAUGAUAUGAUCAUUUUUAUAUGUUUAUAUUUUUGUAUGCUUAGGAAAAAAGAUAGGAAAUAAACACACCAGAAUUUUGCCAGUAGGUACCUCUAUGUGGUAGGAUUACAGGUGUCUCUUUUCUUUUCCAUGCUUUUCUAUAUCUCCGAACUAUUCUCUAAUGAGCAUGAUUCAUUUUUAUGUCCAAGAAAAGUCCUUUAAAAAUUAUAUGAAGAAGGGGCACCUGGGUGGCUCAGUCAUUAAGCAUCUGCCUUCGGCUCAGGUCAUGAUCCCAGGGUCCUGGAAUCGAGCCCCACAGCAGGCUCUUCCGCUGGAAGCCUGCUUCUUCCUCUCCCACUCCCCCUGCUUGUGUUCCCUCUCUCACUGCCUGUCUCUAUCUCUGUCAAAUAAAUAAAUAAAAUCUUUAAAAAUUAUAUGAAGAAUAUAUUGCUACAUAGUAAGUUCCACACAGUUGCAUUUAUAUAGGCUGCUGUCCACAUGUCUCUUUCCUCAUUGCUUUACUCAGAGGAAAUACAGCAAGCCAAACCUUCUGCAUAGCCUGUGUUCAAAGCAUCUUGUACCACACACCCACUACCCAUUUCACUAAGAUUUUUGCAGGGAGGAGUAAAAGGAGAAAAAAAUGUCUUAUGUCUUUAAGAUAUGUAUUUAAAAUAUGCUUCAGUGUGCUUUUUGAAAGAAUUUUAAGAAUCGUUUAAA